AUGAAUUAUGGUGUAUAUAUAUUAAAUGGAAAAUGUUUUCCUCGAAAUGAAAGAAUUAAAAACUAUAAUAACAAAAGCAGAACAAUACUUCGUAACCAUUUGAAAAGUAUCAAAAAUCAAAAAGAUAGGCUACGAGCCAAGAUCAAAGCCAAUGAUGUUCUAUCAUCGAAAAUAUCAAAAGGCUUGAUUCGUCCUAAAUUUAAAAGAGGUGAAACCAUUACCUAUCUAAGAGAUAAAGAGAAAAGGAAUGAAAAAAGAAAGUUUACUAGAAUAUUAAGAGAAACUCAAUCACAGAGAACACAAAGAUUGGAGGUAUUCAUUCCAAGCCAAGAGGGUGAAUUGAAUACUGAUCGUGCAAAGUUUCUUGCCAAGCAAAUGAGAGAUCUUCUUCAUGACGAAAAAGAUCUAAUGCCAUUCAUUUUGUCAUCAAUUGUUGGACAGCCAUUGAAUUUCAUUCAAAUGGUCCACAGUUAUCUGACGUAUGACGAAUUGGAGGAUGUUAGAAGUAUAUGGUUGAACGAUAGGCAGUUGGCAGGUGCAAGUAAUCGUACCAUGUCUGGUAUAGUUACCAAUUCGAUCCUCUUGAGAAAGUUUCUUGGCCAGCAAAAGAGUUCUGCAAUGUCGGCCUUCCCAAAUCAAUCACUAAUGAAACUAUUCAACUCCAAAGGUACAAUGAUCUUUGAUUUCGAUCAAGUCGUCGCAAUGGACAAAGAAGAGAGUAGAAACAUUGUUUACCAUUCGAAACCGGCCAUUGUCAUUUCCAAGAUGGACGAAUUCAAGGUGAAUUUUCAUUCAUUUUUCACCAAUGGUGUUUUGAGAAAAGUCACUUGGGAGUCGGACGAUGUAAAGGUUGUUGUUGCCGGUGGAUCUGUACUUGCUGCACUCACCGGUUCGACUGAAGAUCCGGAGCUCUACAGAUGUUACUUGGCAUGCGAAGAAGCAAUUCAAUGUCUACCACAUGUAGUCAAACAAAAGAUAAGAUCAUACUUGGAAGAAGAUGAAAAUACUUUCAACUAUCACACAACCAAACGAUAUCACUCCAAAGCUUGGGCGAAAUCCGAUAUUGAUUUAUUCCUCGUUUGUAAAGAUACAUCAUUGGUGCCAGCCAGGAUUCAACAACUGGUAAAAGAGAUUACCUCUUGUAUACCAGUUGACUACAAGUUAUUGAGAACUGAACACUCAAUCACAAUACUUCCACUGUAUCCUUAUCGCCCAAUUCAAAUUGUAACAACAUUACUUAGAGAGAUAUCAGAUCACGUUCUAUUCAGUGAUUUGGAUUGUACAUCGUUUGUUUACGAUCCUACUAUCGAUAAUAUCUUCACACUGGAGAGAGGUCUAAAAUCACUGUCGAAUCGUGUCAACAUUGUGCCACCCAACGCCAAGGGAAUAAAGAGAGCUUUCAACAAACUAAGAUAUAAUUUGCAAGAAGAUGAAGGUUUACCAUACGGCCGGAAAUACAAUAGUAUCGGUGAUGUCGAGCUGAAACUAAAUGAAAACGAUGGUGUCAAUUCUGUUUUGAAGAGUGUUGACGAUAUUCCAGAGGUUUUGACUAAGUUCCCAGUCGGUUGGAAAUGUGAUUUCCAAAAGAAAUGCUACCAAUGUGAAAGAACAAUGGGAUUCCAAAAGAAACAGGUUGUUGUUUGCUCAGCCUGCAGAAGAGAGAACCAAGUGAAAUGGGAUCAAUGGGAUUCCAUUGGAAAUAUCAGCUCUGUGGAGAAACAUGCUAUUGUAACAGGUGCCAGAAACAAGAUCGGUUAUCAAGCUGCUUUGAGAUUGUUGCGUUCUGGCUACAAUGUUUUGGUCACAACAAGAUUCCCUCAUACUGCUUUGGUUAACUAUAAGCAAGAGUCAGACUCUCAAUUGUGGAUAGAUAAAUUACAAAUCUAUGGAAUAGACUUUAGACAUUUGCCAUCGGUAAACAAGUUUAUCCAGUACGUAUUGAAGACUAUUCCUAGAUUGGAUAUCUUAAUCAACAAUGCCGCCCAGACAAUUAGACGACCAAGAGCUUACUAUCAAACGAUUUUCAAAGAGGAGAAUAGAUUGAAAUCGUUAGAUAAUGCAAAGGAGAAAUCUGAUCAAAUGAUUAUUUCACCAAUGGAAAGAGUAGAUAACUUGGCAUUGAUUGUUCCAAUUUCACGGUAUCGUUUGGAUUGCUCUGAUAUGACACAGAUCAUUGUGAAUAAAGACGAUGAAGAACAAGAGAAUCAUCAACUCUUCCCAGUGGAUAUGUUAGAUGAACAUGGUGAUCAGCUGGAUAUGAGAUCGAAAACAACUUGGAACAACUCUAUCGAAGAGAUAACGAUGGAAGAGAUGUUGGAAGUUCAACUUAUCAAUGUAACCGUUCCAUUUAUGUUGAUGUCACAGUUUAUGCCGCUGAUGGUUAAAUCACGAACCGCCGCUUCUUCCUCUGAAGUAGUGAAUAAUAAUAAGGAAUGGGCAUAUGUUAUCAAUGUUACCUCUCAGGAAGGAUCAUUCCAUAAAGAGUAUCAAAACGGUUAUCAUGUGCACACCAACAUGGCCAAAGCUUCAUUGAAUAUGAUGACACUCUCGACAUCGGAGCAAUACAUCCGAAAGAGAAUAUUCAUAUGUUCAGUGGAUCCUGGUUGGGUCACCAAGAUGACAACCAACGCCAAACCAAACGGAGCAGAGGCACCACUAUCCGCACAAGAUGGUGCAGCAAGAAUACUCGACCCCAUUUACUCACACAUCAAAGAUUAUCAAACCAAACAUGGAAUAUUAUAUAAGCAUUUUAAACCUUCUACUUGUUCCAUCACAUUAAUACUGAUUAACAAGAGAAUGCAAUGUUCAUUACAUCAUCAUCAUAAUUUAAAUCUUUAUUUUCUCUUUAAACUAUUUAUUAUUAUUUGUUAUAAUUAA